AGUCGCGAGAUUGGACUUUGUUCAUCGCUGAGGCUGUUUAAGAGAGGACUAACAUUUGCGACUGUUUCCGCUUCUGGAGGUUCUAAGAGAGGACGAAAUUGCUUGCAUAUACAAUACCAACAAACUUGCAAACUCAUCAUGCAAAUGGCCUCUUCAUCAACAUCUUCUUCUCGUCGUUGGAAAUAUGAUGUCUUUCUAAGCUUUAGAGGUGAAGACACAAGGAAGAACUUCAUAGAUCAUUUGUAUACUGCUUUGAAUCAGAAAGGAUUGCGUGUUUUUAGGGAUGACAAAGAAGUUGAGAGAGGAAAACUCAUUUCACCAGAGCUUCUUCGUGCAAUCGAAGAAUCAAGAUCUGCGGUUGUUGUUUUCUCAAGAAAUUAUGCUUCUUCCACAUGGUGUUUAGAUGAACUUGUUCAAAUUGUUCAUUGCAAGAAUAUAAAAUUCUUUCCAGUUUUUUAUAACGUGGAUCCUUCGAUGGUUAGAAAACAAACAGGAGAAUUUCAAGAAGCCUUUGUCAAAUAUGAGGAAACUUUUAGAGAGGAUAUUGGCAAGGUGCGAAAUUGGAGAAAUGCUUUGACAAAGGUGGCCAAUCACUCAAGAUUUGACUUGAACGAUGGGUAUGAGUCACAAUUUAUUCAAAAAAUUGUGAAGGAGAUAUCAUGCAAAUUAUGUUUUCCAAAAUACACAAGUGUCGAAAACCUAGUAGGCAUAGAUUCACAGCUGGAGAAACUAAAGAAAUUUAUAAGUCUUGAGUCACAUGAUGUUCGUAUGAUUGGGAUUUGUGGAAUGGGAGGAAUAGGCAAGACAACAAUUGCUAGAGUUGCCUAUGACUUGUUUUCUAGUGAAUUUGAAGGUAGUAGUUUUUUGGCUAAUGUUAUAGAAAUUUCCGAAAAAGAAGGUCUAGUUUCUUUACAAAAGAUGCUUCUUUCGCAAAUUCUGAUGGGAAAAGAUGACAUCAACAUAUACAAUGUCUUUGAUGGAAUAAGCAUGAUAAGAAGUAGGUUGUCCAGUAAGAAGGUUUUUAUUGUUAUAGAUGAUGUGAACGAUGAAAAGCAAUUAAAAAAAUUAGUUGACAAGCAUGAUUGGUUCGGCAUGGGCAGUAGGAUCAUAAUAACAUCAAGAAACAAAAGAUUGUUGAUAUCCCACGGAGUAGAUGGAGUUUAUGAGGUUGAGAAAUUAAAUGAUGAUGAAGCCCUCCAAUUAUUCAUUUCAAAAGCCUUUAAGGAACAUCAACCUUCAGAAAGUUUUAGGGAGCUAUCCAAAUGUGUUGUAAAGUAUGCUAGUGGUCUUCCAUUAGCUCUUGAAGUUUUGGGCUCCUUUUUGUGUGGAAGAGCAGUUCAUAUAUGGAAUGAUGCAUUGCAAAGACUAAAAAGAGAUUGUAAGAAAGAAAUACUAGAUGUACUUCAAAUAAGCUUUGAUGGGCUAGAAGAAUCAGAGAAAAAAAUAUUUCUUGAUAUAGCAUGUUUCUUUAAAGGAGAGAAUAGAUAUUAUAUGACAAAAAUUCUUGAAAGUUGUGAUUUUUCUCCAUAUGUUGGAAUAGAUGUUCUAAUCGAUAAAUCGCUCAUAAUUAUUUUAGAUGGCUAUAGAUUGUGGAUGCAUGAUUUGUUACAACAAAUGGGUCAACAAAUUGUCAAGAGAGAGUGCCCCGGAGAGCCUGGCAAACGCAGUAGACUGUGGAUGGAAGCAGACAUUUGUCAUGUAUUGACAGAAAACACGUCCAAUUGA